AUGCUCCGCGGCCAGACCCUCCCCUGGAGAGCCGCGCUCCACCAGACGCCACGCCCUCUAGUGCUUCGGCCUUUGUUUGCUUUUCCUCGACAGAAUGCUCCCGUACGAUCGAUCUUGAGCUCCUCGCGACUUUCUCGCUCGCCCUCGUUAGCUCCCCGCGCCUUCUCUACAAGUCCCAUCCGACUGAAGGAGAAGCCCCCACCGGCAGAGGAGAAGGAGGAUUCGAAUCAACAGGAGCAGAAGGAUACAAACGAAGAGAAGGAGAUCGAGCGUGGGUCUGAAGGUCGCCGGAAGACGACGGAUUCAUCAGGGAGACAUGCGCCCUCGUCAGAACCGGGAGCUCCGACUUCGGGCUCUGCUCGACGGAGAGAUAAGCUCGUUCAGGAGAAGGAACAGCGUGGCGUGGAGGAGGAUGUAAAGAAAGGAGAGAACGCGGUGGAAGGGAGAUCAGACUCGACGGAGAACCCGUCUCCAAUUCCUGUGAGUGGAGGAAGCGGCUCGGAUUCGAAAGCCAGCGCGAGCAACGGUGGAAACGAAGAUGGUGGAAAGAAGAGUAAGAAGGGUUCUGGUGAGAAGGCUUUGCAGAAGCCCUCUGUUCCGGAAGUCUACCCGCAGGUCAUGGCUAUUCCCAUUGCCAAGCGACCUCUGUUCCCUGGCUUCUACAAGGCCAUCACGAUUCGGGAUCCCAACGUGGCAACGGCCAUCCAGGACAUGAUGAAGCGAGGACAACCGUAUGUGGGUGCAUUCUUGUUCAAGGAUGAGAACGCAGAUGGCGAUGUGAUUGAAAAUCUCGACGACGUCUACGAUGUCGGAGUGUUUGCUCAGAUUACAGCCGCAUACCCGCUCCGGGGGGAAGCCAGCGGCGUGACUGCUGUCCUUUAUCCGCAUCGUCGGAUCAAGAUCUCUUCCCUCCUUCCCCCCGGCGAACAACCCAAGAACGGAACUGCCGAGGAUAAGAGUACCGAGAAACGAGGAGACGUUGUCGCUAGUUUCGAAGAAGGGGGAGCAGAGCCCGCCCCCAAGGAUGUCUAUGAGCCCACCUCCUUCCUUCGCAAAUAUCCAGUCAGUUUGGUGAACGUGGAGAAUCUUGCAGAGGAACCAUUCGACAAGAAGAGUGCUAUCAUUCGCGCGGUGACGAGUGAAAUCGUCAAUGUCUGCAAGGAGAUCGCCAGCUUGAAUCCUCUGUUUCGGGACCAGAUUUCCGCAUUCUAUACUGACCAAUUUCCCGGUAAUCUCAGUGACGAGCCGGCCAAGCUAGCUGAUUUCGCUGCAGCCGUCUCAGCCGGAGAACUACACGAGAUGCAGGAAGUUCUUGAGAUCAUGAAUAUCGAAGAGCGACUUCCAAAAGCACUGGUGGUUUUGAAGAAGGAAUUGAUGAACGCGCAGCUGCAGUCCAAGAUAUCCAAAGACGUUGAAGCGAAGAUCCAGAAACGUCAACGCGAGUAUUGGUUGAUGGAGCAGAUGAAGGGCAUCAAGAGAGAAUUGGGCAUCGAGUCGGAUGGUAAGGACAAGCUUGUGGAGAGGUUCAAGGAGAAGGCGUCGAAGCUGGCUAUGCCUGAGGCAGUGAAGAAGGUGUUCGACGAGGAGAUCAACAAGCUAGCCCACCUGGAACCGGCUGCAUCGGAAUUCAAUGUCACUCGGAACUACCUCGAUUGGCUGACCCAGAUCCCCUGGGGUCAGAAGAGCGUCGAGAAUUUCGGCAUCAAGCAUGCCAUGUCUGUCUUGGAUGAGGAUCAUUACGGUUUGAAGGAUGUCAAGGAUCGCAUUCUAGAGUUUAUCGCUGUUGGAAAGCUUCGCGGAACCGUGGAAGGCAAGAUUCUCUGCCUGGUCGGACCUCCAGGUGUGGGUAAGACCAGUAUUGGAAAGUCGAUUGCUCGGGCCCUCAAUAGGCAAUACUAUCGAUUCUCCGUUGGAGGUCUGACGGAUGUCGCUGAGAUCAAGGGCCACCGUCGGACUUACGUGGGAGCCCUCCCUGGCCGUAUCAUCCAAGCGCUCAAGAAGUGCCAAACCGAGAACCCACUGAUCUUGAUCGACGAAGUGGAUAAGAUUGGACGAGGCCACCAGGGCGAUCCCUCAUCGGCGUUGCUCGAACUUCUCGAUCCCGAACAGAACUCUUCGUUCCUCGAUCAUUACAUGGAUGUUCCAGUUGAUCUGUCCAAGGUUCUCUUUGUGUGCACGGCCAAUGUCACCGACACUAUCCCUCGACCGCUGCUGGACCGCAUGGAGAUCAUUGAGUUGUCCGGCUAUGUCUCUGAUGAGAAGAUGGCCAUUGCCGAGCGAUAUCUUGCACCAGCCGCUCGGGAGCUCACCGGCCUAAAGGAUGUUGAUGUUAACCUAGAGAAGGGUGCCAUUGAAGAGCUGAUUAAGUCGUAUUGCCGCGAGAGUGGUGUUCGCAAUUUAAAGAAGCAGAUUGAGAAGGUCUAUCGCAAGGCGGCCUUCAAGAUCGUCCAAGAUUUGGGAGAGGAUGUCCUUGGUGAAGAGAAGGCUCUCACCGAGGAGGGCAAGGCUGCACAAGAGGAAUCGAAGAAGGAAACCGAACUGACUGAUCCGAUGGAACCCCCUGCAGACCCCGAGAAGGCGACGACUGAGACUCCUCGUCUCGCUCUCAAGGUUCCCGAGACCGUGCAUCUCCGUAUCGGUAAAGAUAGCCUUACGGACUAUGUUGGCCCCCCCGUCUUCACCGCGGACCGCCUGUACGACACUUUCCCCCCUGGCGUCACUAUGGGUCUCGCAUGGACCAGCAUGGGUGGCGCCGCGCUGUAUGUUGAAUCGAUUUUGGAGAAUGCACUGACUCCCGAGUCACGACCUGGCAUUGAAAUUACCGGCAAUCUGCAGAACGUGAUGAAGGAAUCCACGCAGAUUGCAUACUCAUUUGCGAAGUCUGUUCUGGCCAAGCAAUUCCCGGAGAACAAAUUCUUUGAAAAGGCCAAGGUCCACAUGCACUGCCCUGAAGGCGCUGUGCCCAAGGAUGGUCCAUCUGCUGGUAUUACCAUGGCCACAUCUCUACUGUCGCUGGCCCUGAACCGUUCACUUGACCCGACGAUUGCCAUGACGGGCGAGUUGACUGUUACUGGCAAAGUGCUGCGGAUUGGCGGCUUGCGAGAGAAGACGGUAGCUGCCCGUCGCGCUGGAGCGGAGAAGAUCAUAUUCCCUGCAGACAACAUGUCUGAUUGGCUUGAGUUGCCUGAGAACAUCAAAGAAGGCAUUGAAGGCCACGCGGUGAGUUGGUAUUCGGAAGUAUUCGACAUCCUCUUUGCGGACCUCGACCGGAAUGCAGCCAGCAAGGUCUGGCAGAAGGAACUUGCAGAGCCACCUAAGAAGAAAUCGAACAACGAGGACGAUUGA